AUGUUCUCUUGUACGUCUCCCGAAUGGGUCAGUUGUGAUGAACUAACACCAUCAACACAACCUGCAGGAGAUCGUUGCCCUCCUUCCUUCCCAUGGUAGUGGCGGUGACGGAGUUGUUGAGCUUCACUGUCCGUCGAGGGGGGGCCGGUUCUGGUUUCCCCUGCCAAGCCCACGCCGCACGAGUUUAAGGAACUUGCGGACGUUGACUUCCAGGGGACCACGCAAAUGCAGAUCGGUAUCAUCUGGUUUUUCCGAGGCAACAGGGGACGGGCGAAGGGGCGGACCCUGCAAAGGUCAUCAGGGAGGCCCUCUCCCCGACGCUCGUCUUCUACCAUCCCUUUGCUGGACGCAUCCGCAGAGGGGUUGACGGGGGGAGGCCAGCGGUGGAGUGCACUGGCGAGGGCGUCCUCUUCACGGAGGGCGAUACCGACGUGCGACUGGACCAGUUCGGUGACCUGCUGCCGCCAAUGCCAUGCUCUGAAGAAUCCUCCAGAAGGUCGAAGGGUCUGAGGGCCUCUAUGACACCCCUCUCUUGCUUAUCCAGGUGA